AUGUGGUCACGUGACCGCCCGGGGGAAUUUAGCGGGAUCUUUCAGGAUGGCCAAACCGCCGAUGGCUUUGACCUGGCCUUCCAGGUCAACCACUUGAGCCACUUCCUGCUGACCCACCUGCUCCUGGACCGGCUGAAGCGCUGCGCCCCGAGCCGGAUCGUAAUCCUAUCCUCAAGUGCGCACACCUCUGCGAAAUUCAAUUUUGGGACCUUGAAAAAACCGAACAAGUGGAUGAUGAAAGGCGCAGAAUCGUACUGCAACAGCAAACUAGCCAACAUUCUCCACGCCAGAGAGUUGGCCAAGAGGCUGGAAGGAACCAACGUCACCUGCUACGCGGUUCAUCCAGGAGUUGUUAACACCAAAAUUACUCGCUCCCAUCCCUGGUGGACACUUUGGUUGGUUUGGAUCACGAAGCUGUUCAUCCGAAAUUGCAAAGCUGGCGCCCAGACCUCCAUCUACUGCGCCACCGAGGAGGGCAUCGAGAGGCUGAGUGGCCGGUAUUUCGUGGACUGCCAACCGAAGGUGCCCAGUCCCCUGGCCUGCGAUGACCAGCUGGCCACGAAGCUCUGGGAAUUCAGCGAGAGGCUGCUGGGACGGAGCAGCUAAAUAUUUCCACUUGACAUUUGGCCCGUUAAUUUUUCUGAGGUGAAGGCAGGAAAAAUCACAUGGAAAAAACACACUCAAAAUCAAACACAAAAGGCGAAAUCACAUCAGGUACCUGUAGAAUUAGCCCAGGGCUGAACGCAGUGGUGGGAUUCAGCCGGUUCUCACCUGUUUGCCUGAACUAUUAGUUAAUU